GCGGAUGUUUUGCUAAACGGUUAGCCGCUGUGCUAACUUAGUCUUAUAUAGUUUGACUUCUUACUCUAAAACAAUCUCCGUGAAUACCUCAAAUAAAUUAAAACAUAUUACAUGUACAUGUUGGGGGUUUUAACCUGUUAAACACCGGAGACUAUGAACGGGAGCACGAAUCCGCUGCUGGACAAAGAGGAGCAUGUUUUGAAGCUCGGAGAAAGCUUUGAGAAGAGGCCAAAAUCUUCCUUUCACACCAUCAGAUAUGACUUCAAACCAGCAUCUAUUGACACGAGCUGUGAGGGAGAGCUGCAAGUUGGCAAAGGAGAUGAAGUGACCAUAACGUUACCUCACAUUCCAGGCUCCACGCCUCCCAUGACGGUCUUCAAAGGAAACAAGCGGCCGUACCAGAAGGACUGUGUGCUCAUCAUUAACCACGACACCGGGGAGUUCGUACUGGAGAAGCUGAGCAGCAGCAUCCAGGUCAAGAAAACCAGGGCGGAGGGCAGCAGUAAGAUCCAGGCUCGGAUCGAGCAGCAGUCGGUCCGGUCCAGCCAGCCCACCUCUCAGUUCCGGGCCCCCACAAAGCCCGGGGUCGGGGUCAAGACCUCCCCAUCUCCUUCCAAGGAUAAUCCUUCUCCUGAGCCGCAGCUCGAUGACAUCAAGAGAGAGCUUCGAGCAGAGGUGGAUGUGAUCGAGCAGAUGAGCAGCAGCGGCAGCAGCAGCUCCUCCGACUCAGCCAGCGCCUCGGGGAGCGGCGACGACAGCAGCAGCAGCGACGGGGAGCACGACGCCCCCCGACCGCUCAGCCAGCCGCUCAGCCAGCCGCUCAGCCAACCUCUCAGCCAACCGCUCAGCCAACCCUCCCCCAACCGCCACUCCAUGGCCAACGGGGGAGCCGACCGGCAGCAGGGCAGCAACCAGCUCAUGAACACACUCCGAAACGAUCUUCAGCUCAGCGAGUCGGGCAGCGACAGCGACGAUGACUGAACUCCCUGCUGGUCAGUCUCUCUCUCCUUCCACACUCCUCCUCCUCCUCCUCCUCCUCUUCCUCCCUUCUGCCUGGUUCACUUGUUCCUUUGCUGUGACCGCUGACCCAGCUGUAUAUUCUCGGUUUGACUGUAAUUUUCUUCUUUUUUUCUUUCCAUUUUUGUUAUUUUUUAGUAUAUCCUUUAAAGCUGGCCAGCCUGGAACUUUUAAGAGUGUAUUUUUUAUUAGAUGUAUAUUUUGUUUUUGUAUAGCAUAAACUUUAGAAGAGAGAAAACUUUUACUUGAGAGGUAUGGAAGAUUAUAUAUUAGAGUGCACAUACAUAUUUUCUGUACUUUAGAGCAGCUAGUUUUAUCUACUCGUAUCGUGUCUCGUCUUUUAAGGAGAGGAGGAAGAAGAAGUGGAAGAGAUAGUUUCACCCUCUCCUUUUGUCUCUUCAUCUAUCAGAAAUAGAGAGAUAAGCCUCUCCUUAUCGUCAUGUUUUUAUCAGUUUGCUGAGAAUAGAAAAAAAAGUACAGAAUUGCUCAGAUAUUCUGCAACACAUCACAUAAAAAACUAUUUCCUCCAUUAGUUUAUCUAGUUUGUGUUGAGAUUACGAUGCUCUGCGUCCUCCUAAUCUCAACUCUAGUUUCUUAGUGUUGGUUUUAAUGAGAAAUGCAUUUUAAUAAACGUCAUGCUGAAGCUAAAGCUUAUGUCACAUGACUUUCAUUAAGAGAUAAAGCAAGUGUUAUUCUAUAUUUUUUCUUUAUUGUCAACAAAUCUCCCAUGAGAAGAUCAAAACCAACAACG